AUGGAGAGCUUUGGAAUGAAGGAUGGUAGCCAAAUGAAGAGCACAUCAACCACCUUUGGCUUGAUACGCAGGGGAAAUGCUUCUGAUAUGGAGAAGAUGAAGCCUCACUUCUUCAGAGUCAUGCUUGAUUUCAUGCUGAAAGAUGCCAAAAUUUACAAUUUCAAGCAUGUAAAUGAGUUUGAAAGGCUGUUCAAUGAUGUCAAAGUUGAGGAGGGAAUUGAUGUGGGGAAAGAGAAAGGCCAUAGGGAAGGUCAGAAGAAUGUUGGAACUGGAAGAAUUGCGGAAUUUGACGGAAAGCUCAAGCAAGUGAAGAACAAGAAGGGUGGUGCAGAAGAGAAGAGAAAGGGGAAACUGGCUUUUCCAGUUGAGACCCCAAAUCAUCCAAUGGGAACAAAAAUGAGAGGCUCAAACCCUCGGUUGAAUUCGAUGUAGCAAUACCGGAACCAAGGAGGGAUAAUGCCUUCACAGUUGGAGAGAAUCCAAACUUCUCCAUCACCAUGAGUGAAUAUUACAUGAAGCAUCGCUUCAUGCAUCUGCCGACAAAUUUUGUGUUCGAAAACAUGAUGCCUGAAAAUCGUACUGUGAUGGUUUUCGGUGAUGAGGGGCUCGGCUCGUGGCCCUUGUCCUUUGCCUUUUUAUCCGCGAAGUGGUCAUGGACGUGAACAGGGCACGUUUAAUGGCGGGUGGCCCGCUUUCUCCAGGGACAACUCUCUCAAACCAGGGGAUGUUUGCCGGUUUGAGCUCAUCUCCGAUGGCCAAAUGAAAGUGACUAUUCUGAGGGGUUAAGGACGAUUGAUUUGCUGGAGUUACUGUCAGUCUGGAAUGGGAAUUUGUUGUGCCUGCCACCUUGAGUGGUUAUCGAUGAUUAUGAGACUACUGGUUUUUAGUUUAGUGGAUGAAUGGGAUGGUAUAAUCUUGAUUUGAGAAGUGCCAAUGCUUCGGGAAGGCUUUUGUUAGUCUGGUUGCAUUUGGUUUAAUCUAAAGACUAUUGCUUUAAUACCUUAUUUAGACCCAUGAUUACUGUUGGUUCUCCGCAACAAGCACUUACAUAACC